GGAAAUACAGGAUGCAGCCCACAACAACAUCAUAUGCCGAGAGUAGGGAGCUUGUGACACACACUCGGUGAGAGGAUGGAUGGAUAGGGACUCCAGGGUUGGGGGACCAAAGUGACAGAGACUGACUGCAGCACCUGUGAGCCGCAGCAACAGCAUCAUUAGCAUCUGCAGCUCCCUAGUCCCGGACCUGCUUUCUCAUUUCAUGGAGCAUGGCAGCCUGGCCUUGUUAAUUGAAUGAGGAUACUACAAACAGCAGCCUGUGCACCAGCUUCUGCAGCCCCUCUUCAUUCAGCAUGCGCUGGGAGAACGGGAGAACACGCUCAAGUGGAAUCACUGGCGGCCGACGGAUACAGCGUAACACGAGCAGCGCGAAUCUCUGUUCUCACAGCAACAGCAGCCAUACGACUAACGCUCUCACUGUUAGCUCCAGCAAUAGUAGGGACAUCAGGUAGCACAGUAAUAAGGUUGCAGGGCAGGUGUAGCUUUUAACUCAGCAACAGUGACAAGUUCUAAGUAAAAGCAAAUCAUUCAGAGUAGCACUAUUGUAACGUUGCAUUUGUGUGAAUUACAUUCGAUUACUUUAGUGAUUUAGUUGUUGAGCUGUAAUUACUAUUUGUUGAAAAACUCCAAAGGGAAUUCAGCAUUGUUGUUGUUGUUGUUGUUGUUGUUUUUGCUGUAUUAACUGACAGUAGCAUCAAUAUCAUUGGUAUGAAGUGCUGACAUUCGAAAAUUUAUGUGAAGUGUGUAGUAAUUUGUUGUCAUCACUUUAGCAUGACGUUAGAUAGUGAGUGAUAGUUCCUGUUGUGCGAUUGUAGUUUGUGUGUCAGCUGUGUUUGUGGUUAUGGUGAAGAGAGCGAAGGCUCCAUCCAUUUUGGCUGAUGAAGGCCUCCUGGAUACGGCUGCUGAAAAGAGCAAAGGGGGGUCGAGUCAAGAACGAUAUUGGCGGUUCGGCAGACUCGUACACCAGUCGACCGUCUGACUCUGAUGUGUCUCUAGAGGAGGACAAAGAGGCACUGCGCAGAGAGGCUGAGAGGCAGGCCCAGCUCCAGCUCGAAAAGGCCAAGACAAAACCAGUAGCGUUUGCUGUUCGUACUAAUGUUAGCUACAGUGCUUCCCACGACGAUGACGUCCCUGUGCCUGGCAUGGCCAUUUCAUUUGAAGCUAAAGAUUUCCUACAUGUAAAAGAGAAAUUCAAUAAUGACUGGUGGAUUGGCCGCUUGGUGAAGGAAGGAUGUGAGAUCGGUUUCAUCCCAAGCCCAGUGAAGUUAGAAAACCUUCGCAUCCGCCAGGAGCAACGAGCCAAACAGAGCAAAUUCCAUGCCAGCAAACUGGGAGCAAACUCCUUGUCCAGUUUAGGGGACAUCGUCCCAAGCUCGCGAAAGUCUACUCCUCCCUCAUCAGCCAUUGACAUAGAUGCUGUGGGUUUAGAAUCGGAGGAGCCUGAACCUCCUCCUCCUCCCCAGCAGCGUUCUCCUAAAGCCAGCCCAAACCAAGUCAUAUCCACUUUAACCCGUGAGAAACGAAUGCCCUUCUUUAAGAAGACUGAGCACAUCCCCCCUUAUGACGUGGUGCCCUCCAUGAGGCCUGUGGUCCUGGUGGGACCCUCACUCAAGGGUUAUGAGGUGACAGAUAUGAUGCAGAAAGCAUUAUUCGACUUUCUGAAGCACAGAUUUGAGGGAAGGAUAUCAAUCACACGGGUAACAGCAGACAUUUCUCUUGCAAAGCGAUCUGUCCUGAAUAACCCCAGUAAACAUGCCAUCAUUGAACGCUCCAACACGCGCUCCAAUCUUGCUGAGGUACAGAGUGAGAUUGAGAGGAUCUUUGAGCUCGCACGCACACUGCAGUUGGUGGUUCUGGACGCAGACACAAUAAACCACCCUUCUCAGCUGGCCAAGACUUCGCUCGCACCAAUCAUCGUCUAUGUCAAGAUCGCCUCUCCAAAGGUGUUACAGAGAUUAAUCAAAUCUAGAGGAAAGUCUCAGGCCAAACACCUCAACGUGCAGAUGGUGGCAGCAGACAAACUGGCUCAGUGCCCUCCGGAACUUUUCGACAUCAUCCUGGAUGAGAACCAGUUAGAGGACGCCUGUGAGCACAUGGCUGACUAUCUGGAAGCUUACUGGAAAUCCACACACCCGGCCAGCUGCACUCCGGCCAAUCCUCUCUUAGACAAACUCACUGCCGCUCAAUCAGCCACUCCUGAUCCUCUGUCCAGUCUGCAUCUGCAGAGCACCGGAGGAGCCCAGAAGACUGACAAGUCGCUAGGUGAGAGGAAGAGCUCGCUAGAAGAUCAUCACCAUCACCACCACCAUCACCGUCACCACCAUCGCCUGCAAAAGCAAGAGAGCCUGGACCAGCCUGAGGAAGACGAUCCUCAGGAAGAGGCCGGUAAAGAGCAGAGAGCCUUACGGAGCGAGCGGAGAGCACCGCACAUACACCACCGCUCUUCCUCCACACGGACCGAACACCACAAUCACCACCAUCACCACCAUAGUCGCACAGCGCGCACACUCUCCAGGCAAGAGACGCUGGAGAGCAGAGACUCUGCAUGUGCAGAGCCACAGCCACACACCACUCACAUACAACCCAUACACUCACAUACACACCAUGCAGGGGAGGAAGAGGAAGAGGAGGAAGAUGAUGAGGAGGAAGAGGAAGAAGAGGGGGAGGACGAGGAGGACGGGGAGGACGAGGAGGACGAUCGGCCUGUUCAGCAUAAUCAUCAUCACCACCAUCAUCAUGGAAAGGGAGGAAGGGAAAGGGAACGAGAGCACGAUCACAGUGAACGUAACGGCCAACGGCAACGUGUUCAGCAGAGAUCACAACGUGAACACUAUCAGGAAUGUGAAAGGCAACACUCUGUUGAAGGAGAGGAGAAAAAAGAAGAGACAGACUGGGAGACAGAUCCCUACAUAGAGCAGUAACGCACAAACACACACACACACACACACACACACACACACACACACACAUACACACACAGCCAUGGACUGCACUGAACUGACAAAACACACUAUUACAAAAUAAAAGCUAGAUUCAGGUCCAGAAUUCUUGCCAAUCUUGAUAAAGAUCAAAGGAAACAAAUGUAAGGGACAUUUAAAGUGCAGUUUGUAAUGUUUAAAUGCAGCUCUAGACCUAUAAUACAAGGGCCAGUCAAGUCAAACGGGGACUUUUGAUUGUGCAAAAUAACAGAACACACUUAUGAAAGCAAACCUCUGUAUGUCUCUAUAUAAUCUCCUGAUACACUAAU